UCUCCACUCAUCUCUUUUAAUCUUGAAGACUUCAAAAUAUACCUGGAUCUACCAUUUUUUUUGAAAACUCCAAUAUCAAGCAAUCAAUGACCCACCGUGCUCUUGUUAUAAUAUAGAAGCUUUUCAGUUCUCCAACUGUAAACAAGAUUUUCUCCCAUUUUCCCAUGAAGCCACAUUGUUGUUUAUUCACUUUAGUGGUGAGUGUUACUGUGCCAGCUGCUUUUGCUUUGGAAGAUGUAGGCUUCAACCAAAUGACCCCGCUGGGAGCAAAUCAUAGUUCUUCCAAUGCAUCAUUUCUCCCAAGUUUUGAACUCUCAGCAGAUUCCCACUCAGGUGAUGAUGUCAUCAUAGCCAGAGAGGGAACUAGUGUUUCAAUUGAGUGUCUUCUCACAGUCGACCACUAUGAAGGUGUCUAUUGGUACAACUCAAAAGGACAGCAGCUGGAUAACAGAGGCAGAGGUGGAAAAUGGUUGGUUUCUGAUAACUUCCUGAAUAUCACCAACAUAGCCUUUGCUGACCGUGGGCUCUAUACAUGUUUUAUCACCUCUCCGAUCCGUGCCUCCUACUCGGUCACCCUGCGUGUUAUCUUCACCUCGGGAGACAUGAGUGUCUACUACAUGGUGGUUUGCCUGAUUGCCUUUACAAUCACUCUCAUCUUGAAUGUCACACGGCUGUGCAUGAUGAGCAGCCAUCUUCGUAAAACUGAGAAAGCCAUCAAUGAAUUCUUCCGAACUGAAGGGGCAGAGAAACUUCAGAAGGCCUUUGAGAUCGCAAAACGCAUCCCCAUCAUCACCUCAGCCAAGACUCUGGAGCUCGCCAAAGUCACACAGUUUAAAACCAUGGAGUUUGCUCGUUAUAUUGAAGAACUGGCAAGAAGCGUCCCUCUGCCACCUCUUAUUCUAAACUGUCGGGCCUUUGUAGAGGAGAUGUUUGAGGCUGUGCGAGUGGAUGACCCUGAUGACAUGGGAGAAAGAAUUAAAGAGAGACCUGCCUUGAAUGCUCAAGAUGGCAUCUUUGUCAUUAACCCAGAGAUGGGCCGGAGUAAUUCACCAGGAGGAGAUUCGGAUGAUGGUUCCCUGAGUGAACAAGGCCAGGAGAUAGCAGUUCAGGUUUCUGUCCACCUUCAGUCAGAGACCAAAAGUAUUGAUACAGAUUCUCAAGACAGCAAUCAUUUCAGCCCGCCUGAUGAUACAGGAUCUGCUGAAUUGAGCUCUAACUACAAAGAUGGGGCAUAUGAAAGCUGCCAGCUGUGA